AUGGCCAUGGAUCGAUCGAACUUUGGAAUGUCUGGGGAAAGGGGGGCCCUUACCCUGAGCCCUGAGCCCUAUCCCUUUACUAAAUUGGCGCGUAACGCGAACGCGUCUGACCUUGCAGAUCCCUGGCCAUUGGCGAUCCACCAGAUUAAGAUCGAGAACGAUGCUCCAGACUUUCUAGUUGCAACUUGA